AUAACCUAAUGCCACUGUGUUGCAGGUCGUGUGGUCAACCUGGCCAGUAUGUAUGGGCGGAUGGGCAAUGCCCUGCGUUCUCCAUACUGCGUAUCUAAAUAUGGCGUGGAAGCGUUCUCCGACUGUCUACGUUACGAGAUGAAGGCCUGGGGGGUCAAGGUCUCCGUCAUCGAGCCGGGGAACUUCAUUGUGGCAACGGGCAUCCUGACCCGGGACAUUGUGGCGACCACGGCUGAUAAACUGUGGCGCGAGGCGCCCCCUGGUGUCCAGGAGGACUAUGGCCACGCCCACUUCGACAAGCACAUGGCUCUGAUGAGGUCAUACUGUAGCAGCGGACAGAAAGAUGUCCAGCCCGUCCUAGAUGACAUCACCGACGCCAUCACUUCACGCCGCCCGUUCACGCGCUAUAACCCCAUGGAGCCUCACUGGUGGAUCAGGAUGCAGGUGAUGACACACCUACCGGCCGCCAUCUCUGACCGUCUCUACUUCUGAACUGGAGAAUCUCCAAUCGUCUCCAUACGUACAGUUUAUCCUAUUGCAUUAGGGUUCCGUUCCACUUUAGAGUCUAAAAUUGGGGAAUUCCCUAUGGAAAAUUACAAGCGAUCGAUUCUCAAUAUGUUAAUCUAAUUUGAAUGAAUUUCCUGACUUGACUGAUUUUUAACAAUUUCUAGUCUCCUUUUGAUCAUGAGAUCAAGAGACCACUGCUGUAGCUAAGGAUUCAUUCACACUGGAAAUCUCAGUGAUUGAGCCAUUUUGAACAUUAUGCACUAUUGUCCUAUCUACAAUAUAUACGUUAUUCACCCCCUUGGAAAUGGGAUCUUUUCUUCUUCUUAAGUAAUAACUGAAGCUGUAAUAUUCAAGUGAUGAAGCUGAUGUUUGGAGGUUAUAUUGGCGCGAGUGUUAGGCUCGAGGUGAACACCAGCUCCCAGGGCAUUAUCACUUUUAUACGGUUUAUUAACAUAUUUUCAGAAACAUUAUUUUAAUGAAUUUACUCAUACAGUUUCAUCCUUCCGCGAGAUAUAGUCCCGACACAAAUCUGGGGUUGCUACCCAAGCCGGCUGGUUGUUCAUUCUAUCGGUUCGGUUGCCAGAGACGCGACCCAGUCGUUGUCCUUUUGUUCUGUGUCUAUGGACGCGACCCAG